AUGAAGAGAUCAAUGGAUGCCCGAACCCCGCUCGAUGACAACGGCACGAAUGUCACCUAUAGCGGAGGAUAUCUCAACCUCACCUCGGUUUCCCAGUGGAAAAUCAGUGGCCCACCUCCUAAUCCCGCCGAUAUUAAGGGCAAUUUUGACCCAGCCACAGAAUCUUUGUGGAAGCCGAAGAACCGUCGUCUCAACGACGGAGGCGUUGUCUAUGCGCUGUUAACCCUUUCCCCCAAGUAUAGAUCCGACAAUUUCCCAUACGACUUUGACAAGCGGGGUGAGGUGCGUCGAACACGCGUGCCGUAA